UAAUGGUAUUAUCCUUUUCAGUAAAUUGUAAGUUUUUAGUUAAAUAAACCGUAUAAAUUCAGGUAUGCUAAUAUUUUAAUCUACUUCAACUAAUAUUAGAAGAAUCAUUGAGGUAACUGUAUUUAAAAUAUAUAAAGUUUAUUAUAUGUUUAAAAAAAAAUUGCAGUUUAGAAGCAUUUUAGAAGUUUUUGGAUAUAUUGCUAUUUAUUUCAAGAUGCAUUAAAAUAUAUGUAUGGUUGAUCAUAAAUAGCCCUGCCCAAUGAUAUUACAAUAAAAAAGGGUAGAUAGGUUAUUGAAUUCAAAAAUUGUCAUAGACUCAAGAUUUGGCACUAUGACUUAGUUCUUUCGCCUAUCCCAUGGACGAAACUAUUAGUACUGUACUGAAUGAAUAUAAACAGUGAUGUAGUCAAAAUUAGAUAUUUAUUCGAUAAACAUCAACUGAUUUAGUCGAUAAUCAAUAUAGUUAAAUAAUGACAACUUUUUGUAAAAGUAAAGUAAAAGUAGAAAAAACGUAAUGUUAACAUUUCAUAUUCUCACCAUGUUGCUGCAACAUGUCGUGUCUGUUUAUAAAAAUGAUAUACAUACCAUAUAAAUUCAUUCAAUAUACAUUGUGGUAGGCCCCAUAUAAAUCGUCACUUUAUAAUUAUUUUUUAAAUAAAUUAACAUAAAAUAUCUUGAUUUUCUUUAAAAUAAAUACUCGUAAUAAUCCCCGCAAAACGCUAAUGCACCGGCUGCCAUUUUCAAAAAUCAGUACCAUUAACAAAUAAACAAUGGUUGACGAGUAAGUACACUUAUUGAGUUGGGUUGUGUAAUGUGAUACGAUUACACAUAAUUUUUGUUGGUUUCGAUUGUUAUUGUAAAGUUUUGAUGUUACUUAUUAUGAUUAACUAAAAUAGCAACUAACAUUAUGAUUUUCAGAAUAGUAAACAUAAUCUAAUAUAAUGACUAAUAUAUCUUAUAUAUAUCUAAUGAUUAAUAUAUCUAAUGACUCUCAUUUCAUUGUUACUUUUGGUUAUAAUUAAUAAAAUAUCCUUUGCUUUGUUAUCGUUAAUAUAAAGUAAGUGUUAUAUUUUUCACAUUUUUUUUUUUUUACUUUUCAUAUAUAUCAAACAUUAUAUAUAAAUUGAUUCUUUUCCUACAAUUCAUGCAAUAAAUUAACAAAGUAAAUGUAAUUAUUAUUAUAACAAUAUUUUGGGAAUUCUUCGUAAGAAUGCAUAAUACCCAUUUCAUAGUACUUGGACUAAUAAUUUCAUGCUAAUUUAUUUAUGAAUUAGAUUAUAUAAUCAGAUUAAUUAUGGAGUGCAAAAGUGUAUGAAAAAGUAUACUAAAAAUAUUAUAUAAAUGAGAAAUUUCUACAAUUGAGAAUUGAAAUUCAAAAACUAAACAGUUUUUAAUUUAUGAGGAAAUGUUUAAAAAUAUUUUCGAAAUCAACAUAAAUGUUGUUAUGUAUAUAAGGUUGCGCGUCAGGUUACCACUAUAAUAUGUAAAUUUACUUUAAUUGAUUUUAAACGCUACAUUGUAAACGUUAACGCUUAAAGUUAAGUGAAAAAUUUAACAUAUAUGAAUACUCUGACGUGUUGUUGACUGUACUUAAAACGAAAUAUGUUCAAUUGACGAUAUUAAAACAAAAAUAUUGGUACACUGAAAACUUCCUUUGUAAGAUUAUUUUCCAGUAAUUAUAAAUUGUAAUAGAAUAUAUAUAGAAAUCAAAAUCCGAAAUAUAAUAAACUGACGCAAUGUGAAAUAAAAUUCGAUUCUGUUCAUUUGAACAGUUCAAUUAAAAUAAACCACAUGGCUAAUGGGAUACAGCACUAGGUCUCAGUUACAAGAUGGCGAACGUGCGGGAUAGUGACACAUCUUUGUGGCUCCACAAUAAACUCGGUACUUCGAACGAUUCGUGGACAACCGGGUCAAUUUGUACACAAUUGAACGCUGAAGUUUUGAAGAAUAUCAAGGAUUGUUUUCCAGAUUUGCAAACGCAAGUCAAACUCAAAUUAUUGUUAAGUUUCUUUCAUAUCCCGCGCAGAAAUGUUGAAGAGUGGAGAAAUGAGCUUGAAGAAAUUAUUGAAGUUGCAGCAGUGGACUCAGAUCUUUGGGUGGCUAUGCUUGCAGAGGUGCUCAAGACGUUUCCAUCGCAAGGCACUCUCAAUACUGAGAUAGCAGAGUUUGAUGAGACCAGGCCUAUCUUCAGUGACAUGAUAGGGGAACUGAGAAGAGCCUUAGCUAAACAUUCAGACCUUGGACUGUUGCCUCUUGAGUGCCUAUAUUUAAAUAAAAAUGCUUUAGUUUCUGUGGUUGGCCAACAACCCAACGCAGUGAAACAUUUUACUUUGAAACGGAAACCAAAGUCUGUGGCCUUACGUAGUGAAUUACUUGCAAAGGCUACUGAAGCUCAGGCUAACCAAAAGAAGGCGCAGGCGCCUACUGUGCCUGUACGCAGCCGCGGCAUGCCUAGGAAAAUGACAGAUACCAGUAGGUGGACUUAAAUUAUUAAAAUAAGGCUUUUUUAUGGGCAGGACAAAAUGCUUUAAGCACAG